GAUGGUAGGGGCACGACACCCGGGGCCAUGACUCAUAACCCUAUAGGUCACGAUAUGACUUUACUAUCGAUGAGCGGCGAAAGCACUUGCAGUGAGGGAUCGGGUGAUGAGUCGAUCGAUGAGACGCUCAUCAGAGAGAUUGAGGCGAAGAAGAGGAGAGAGAAUGAGAUGAGAAGCGCCGGCAGAUCGGCGUUACCUAAACCACCGCCUCUUAUACCUCAACGUCAGUCAGCCCUUCAUAAUAGGGAACUGAUUCAGCACUCUAUCUAUGGCUCAUUGUGUGCCAGCACUAUGAAGGCUAGCGUAGAGGGCCGGCCACCAGCACCACCACCGGCCCAGACAUAUGGCGAGCGCCACAGUCAGCACUCGUCUCCAUCGCCUCCAUACCAUAGACUCUCAUCUAUAGCUCCAUAUAGUAUGCCAUACAUUAGUGCCGGUAAUUACGAGCGCUGUGGCAGUGGUGGUGCUCCGAGUGGCGCACCUGUGCUGUUGGCAACAACUGGUACGCGCGACACGUGGCACACGACCACUCCAUGCAAUACUGGCCCCUCUAUGCGGCCACAACACAGUCACUGCUGUGUCAAUGCAUUGCCACUAAAUAACAGUUGGCUUCACCACUCCAAUGGCACCGAUAUUAGCGGCUAUGCUGUACAUACAGGCAUGAAUUCCUAUAUGAAUCGUCAAACACGGGCCGCAUCGCCGCCACUGAUGCCACCCAUGAGUAUCAGUCCAUCGCAUUUGGAGAACACCCCGAAUAUACUGAACUCGAGACCACAUUCAGAUCACACACUCAGAGCUGUUCCCAAGCGAAAGAUGUCUGACUACUCAAUCGAGUCCAUACUGAACCUCAAACGAGACAAAGACAACAAAUAUAGUCAUAGUUAUAGUCAUUAUAGUAAACACGAUAUGCAGUCAAAGCUGACCGAAGAGCCCAUGAAUCUGUCGAAGAAGUGCUUAUCGACCGCUUCAUCGUCGCCUCCGCUGUCCAUCUACUCUGCACUCAACUCACCGCUGGGUUCGCCGCCAUUCAAGUCGAUGCCAUUGUCUCUCUUCACUCACAACAAGUCCAACAAACACCGCAUUUACAGGUCCCUCACAAAUGAGCGCACAUUUGAUUGCAAACAAUGCGGAAAAGUUUUCAAACGAUCCUCCACUCUGUCCACACACCUAUUGAUUCAUUCAGACACCCGGCCCUAUCCCUGCGUGUUUUGUGGUAAGCGAUUCCACCAGAAGUCAGACAUGAAGAAACACACGUAUAUACACACCGGCGAAAAGCCACACAAGUGUGUGGUUUGUGGCAAAGCGUUCAGUCAGUCCUCGAAUCUAAUCACACAUUCCCGCAAACAUACCGGAUAUAAGCCGUUCGCCUGUGAACUCUGUCCCCGAGCAUUUCAACGCAAGGUUGACCUCAGACGGCACCGGGACACCCAGCACCUACACAACACUGAUCUCAAACUUCAUGAUAGUUAUGUCUUCAAAUAAACAUCACCUCAGUGCAGACUCAAUCAGCAUUUCAAACAGUAUUACUGUAUCUGAC